AUGGCGUUGGAUAUUUUAAUCGUUGGAUUAAUUUUACUUUCACUUGGCAUAAAUAUCUUGGCUCUCGGUGCAUUUUGGAUAACUCCAUCUUUACGAACAUUAUCAAAUCGUUUCACUAUAAAUCUGUUAUGUAUCAAUACAUUGGGCUCUAUAAUUUUGUUGCACAACUUAUUGAUAAGUAACAAUAUGGAACUUAAAGUUACACUUAAUCAGAAUUACUUCGCUGAUUUAAACUUUGGAAUAUAUCAACAGUAUGAAGCUAUGAUACAUCAAGAUAAUGUGAUGCUUAAUAACAGCCUACCGUUCAAUGAAUAUAACAAGCAAAUAAAAAAUAUUGAUAAACUACUUAAACUAAAUGAAACUAUUUCGGAGAGAUAUUUUAAAAAUUGGAUGAAUGAAAAUCUAGAUAUAAUAAAUUGGAAUGAUGUCCCUGUCUAUAUACAGCAUUGGUCAUUGGAUGUAUGUGCUGCUUUAGGAUCGCUAGCGUUUUUGUUAAUUGUUAGUAAUAUAUGGUGUGCAAUAACAGAUCCACUGCGCUACAAAGGCCGCAUCACUGGAGAUCGUGUUUCGAAAUGUAUUGCAUUUACUUGGAUCUUAAGUGCCAUUAUUGCUGUAGUUUCGUACUUUACAGCAACUCCCUUUAAAUAUAAUUUAUUUAGAGAUUAUAUAUAUACUAAUUUUAAUUUAGAAUUAUUUACGUUUAAUAUCGAUCUUAGUAAAAUAUAUACUGUGACUUAUUUUUUUAGCAUUAGUCUUUUACCAUUUAUCUUCAUAAGCUAUAUGUGCUGGAAAGUUAGUUAUGAAGCACGCAAUAAUGAUUUGCGGAUAAGAAAAACAAGUGCUACUCUCCCAGUACGGCGUGGAUCAAAUUCCAAUAUAGCAAAAUACCAACAUAAAGUGGGUCCACCACAUAUACAUAGUUCAUUUAUAAAUAAAAAUUUUAUAUUGAAUUGUACAUUAAAACACAAGAUAAAUAAAAAGGAAGUAGUAUCUAAAAGAUAUGUAAAUAUCAGGAGAAUUUCAACUCGAAAAUUACGCGGUUCUAUAAGAUGUAAACAAAAUGUCAAUGUUAAGAGCAAUAAACAUCAUGAUAACCAAAACAAAUAUUCUUUGAUUAGAAUAUCAAAUGCAUCUUUAUAUAAAAUUAAAAAAAAAUCACAAAUCACAAAGCUACGAUCACCAUCGAAUAUACAAAAGUUGAAAAGACUUAUUCCUUGCUUAUACGAAAAAAGACUACCCGUUGCUAUUCACCUUCAAAAUAUGCAGUUAAAGUCGCAGUUUACGAAUUGUACAUACUUCCCAAACUUAAAGCAAGUAAAACCUUUAAAUAAAUCGGAAAAAUUACUUAUAACAAAGGGUUUUGUUUUUAGCCCUUCUUCAAACCAUCGUUUUAGGAAUAACUACUUACCAUUGAAAUGCUGUAAAGCUUCACGUAGUAGCAUUAUUAGUAUUCUAGCGAAUACAGAUCUAGAAUUAAGUGAAGUGAGCUUCCUUUUUGUUCCUAAAUAUGUUGAAAAAGGUGAACUGAUUUGUGAUACAGUCUUAGUAUUAGAAAUAUUAGAGUUAGAAUUGACUGAAUUGGCCAUAUUUUUAUAUGCUAAUUCCUAG